AUGGAUGAUGAUGUAGAAAUUACUAAGGUGAAUGUGCCUAAUGCUGAACCAGUUGUCAAUGAACAUGUGGAUGAACCUGUUUUGAAUGAGUCAGGUGAGGGUGAUCCUGGUUUGAAUGAACAUGUUGUGAAUGAUGCACCUGAGGAUGAACCUGUUGUGAAUGAUGCAGCUGAGGAUGAACCUGGUUAUGAAGAUGACUUCAGCCAAGAUAGUAACUUUUGUGAGGAUAGUGAAGAGUGUGAUGAGAUGGCUAUAGAUGAAGAAGAUGAGGAACAUUUAUAUACACCCCCUGACAGUGAUAAUGAAGAAGAUGCAGAAAAGUUUCCAACUUACAAGAGUGGUGAAGGAUGUGAUUUCAAAUUAGGGAUGAUGUUUACAAACAAGGAGCAAAUAAUGGAUGCAAUCAAAGAGUAUGGAAUGGAAAACCAGAAGAAUGUGUUCAUUAGGAAGAAUGAUGCUAGGAGGAUUGUUGUUAAGUGUAUGGCUGGUUGUAAGUUUUAUCUGAGGAUCAGUAAGAGGAAUUGCCAGCAAUUUUGGCAAAUUGUGAGCUAUAUCAGUGAGCAUACAUGUUAUAGGACUGCAGGCAAUAGGAAUGCAAAAACACAAUGGCUUUCUAUAAGGUUUGCACAUGUGCUAAGGCAUAGUCCAUAUAUGAAGCCAGCUGGACUUGUGGCUGAAGCACUUCAGAGAUGGGGAUGCAAGAUUUCAGCAGACCAAGCAUAUAGGGCAAAAAGAAGGGCAUUAGAUCUAAUUCAAGGUGCUGGCUUUGACCAAUUUAGUCACCUAAGAAGUUAUGCAGAGGAGUUGUUGAAGUCCAAUCCCAAUAGCACUAUUGUUAUAAAACCUUUCAUUGGAUUGGAUGCUUGUUUCUUGAAGGGGGAAUAUGGAGGGCAAUUGAUGUCAGCAAUAGGAAGAGAUGGGAAUAACCAAAUAUAUCCAAUUGCAUACGCAGUGGUUGCAGCUGGAACAAAAAAUUCAUGGGAAUGGUUCUUGCAUCUACUGUUAGAAGACUUAGGUAAAUUCAAUGAUAAAGCUUAUGGGUUUAUUUCUGACCAGCAGAAGGGUUUGGUUCCUGCUAUCCAAGGCAUAAGUGCCCAUGUUGAGCAGAGACUUUGUGUGAAACAUCUUUAUGGAAAUUGGAAAAAGAAGCAUUCAGGAUUGGAGCUAAAGCAAGUUAUGUGGGCAGCAGCUAGAGAAACAUCAAUUCCACUAUGGGAGAGAUCAAUGGAGAAAUUGAAGCUACUAGAUGGAGAUGCAUGGAAGGACAUGAUGGACAUUCCUGCUAAAUUCUGGACAAGGGCACACUUCAAGACCUAUACAAAGUGUGAUAUGCAAGUUAACAAUAUGUGUGAGGCUUUUAACAGGGCAAUCUUAGAGCACAGAGACAAGCCCAUCAUAACCUUGUUGGAAGGAAUCAAGCACUACAUCACAAAAAGAAUUACAAAACAAAAGGAGUUAUUACAUGGUUAUGAAGGAGAUAUAUGUCCUAGAAUCCAAUUGAUACUUGAGAGGAACAAAAAGGAAGCACAAGAGUGGACACCAACUUGGCAUGGUGAUGAUGAUCUCUCCAUAUUUGGAGUGACCAAGGGACAAGAUACAUACUGUGUGAAUCUUAAGAGUGAAACUUGCAGUUGUAGAAAGUGGGAGCUGUCUGGAAUUCCAUGUUGUCAUGUUAUCUCUUGUAUAUGGAACAUAAAGAAAAAGCCAGAAACUUAUGUCUCCCACUAUUACAGCAAGCCUAGUGUUGACCAUGUGGUCAUUAGUCCUCCUGUCAUGAGAAGAGCAAUUGGACGGCCAAAAAAGAUGAGAAACAAGGCAGCUGAUGAGCCAAAGAAUCCUCAUGUGCUUUCAAGAAAAUUUGCAACAGUGACUUGCAAGAAGUGUGGACAAACUAGUCACAACAAGAGAACAUGUAAGGGUAAGAGAGCGGCUGAUAGGACAAUACCAAAAGGAGGUAACAAGUCUAAGAAGGCAAAGACUACAACUUCAACAAAGAAGGCAAAAACUACAAAGAAGGGCAAGGAAACCCAAGUUGAAAUUGGACAAGGAUCCCAAGCACCACCAGCUACCCAGGACUGA